GGCUCAAAGGGAAACACCUCUGAUCGCUCCUAGAUACGUCUUCGUUUUGCGCAUGCGCAGUAACCUCUGGCACCGGUCGUCAUGGCGGCUUACAGGAUAACGCCAACCUUUCAAAGAGUUUUGCACGCCGUAAAGCACGCCUCUCUGCGGCCCACGUGCUGGCUUAUAAGCCGCCAAGCCUGGUACUCCACUGUGUAUGACCCCAAUGAGAAGACCUUUGAUAAGAUCCUCAUCGCAAACAGAGGAGAGAUCGCCUGCAGGGUGAUUAAAACAUGUAAGAAGAUGGGGAUCAGGACAGUCGCAGUGCAUAGUGACGUGGACUCGAGUGCGGUUCACGUGAAGAUGGCAGAUGAGGCCGUGUGUGUAGGUCCAGCCCCGACCAGUAAGAGCUACCUCAACAUGGACGCCAUCAUGGAUGCCGUCCGAAACACAGGAGCACAAGCUGUGCACCCGGGCUACGGUUUCCUCUCGGAGAAUAAAGAGUUUGCUCGGAGGCUGGCAGCUGAUGGAGUCGCCUUCAUCGGCCCUGACACACACGCCAUCCAGGCCAUGGGGGACAAGAUCGAGAGCAAACUCAUCGCCAAGGCGGCCAAAGUCAACACCAUUCCGGGCUACGACGGAGUCGUAAAGAAUGCAGACGAGGCGGUGAAGAUUGCACAAGAAAUUGGUUAUCCAGUUAUGAUCAAAGCGUCUGCAGGUGGUGGAGGUAAAGGCAUGAGGAUCGCCUGGAACGAUGAGGAGACCAGGGAAGGGUUUCGUUUUUCCUCACAAGAAGCCGCGUCCAGUUUCGGGGACGAUCGACUCCUUAUUGAGAAGUACAUCGAUAACCCUAGACACAUCGAGAUCCAGGUCUUGGCAGAUAAGCAUGGAAAUGCCCUGUGGCUGAACGAGAGAGAGUGCUCCAUCCAGAGACGCAACCAGAAAGUGGUGGAGGAGGCACCCAGCACAUUUUUAGACUCGGGCACUCGGCGUGCGAUGGGAGAACAGGCUGUGUCUCUGGCUAAAGCUGUAAAAUACUCCUCAGCAGGCACUGUCGAGUUCUUGGUCGACUCCAAAAAGAACUUCUAUUUUCUAGAGAUGAACACACGCCUCCAGGUGGAACACCCUAUUACCGAGUGCAUCACAGGGUUAGACCUGGUGCAGCAGAUGAUCCGAGUUGCUAAAGGUUAUGAGCUCAAGCACAAACAAGACGACAUCCCUAUUAAUGGCUGGGCCAUCGAGAGCAGAGUCUACGCUGAGGAUCCCUACAAAUCAUUCGGCCUUCCCUCCAUUGGUCGACUCUCUCAGUACCAGGAGCCAGUGAACCUCGCCGGUGUGCGUGUGGACAGUGGCAUUCAAGAAGGCAGUGACAUCAGCAUCUACUACGACCCCAUGAUCUCCAAAUUGGUCACUUAUGGAGCCACCAGAGCCGAGGCACUGAAGAAAAUGGAGGAUGCGCUCGAUAACUACGUCAUCAGAGGUGUGACCCAUAACAUUCCUCUUCUGAGGGAAAUUAUUGUUCACCCACGUUUCAUAUCAGGCGAAAUCAGCACCAACUUCCUGCCUGAGGUUUACCCCGAGGGUUUCAAAGGCCACCCUUUGACGGCCAGUGAGAGGCGUGAGCUCCUGGCUGCAGCUUCUGCUCUCUAUGUAGCCUCACAGCUCCGCUCACAAAGGUUUCUGGGACAGCAGAGAGUCUCUAACACCACUCAGGAGAGGAAGAGCUGGGAGCUGUGUGUGGAGCUGGACAAAGAAGCUCACAUGUUGUGUGUGACUCGCUCUGGAUCCAGCUACACAGUUGAGAUUGAUGGAGAGAAAGUGGAUGUGUCUGGAGAGUGGAAUCUGGCCUCUACACUUCUUCCCCUCACCAUUAACAACACCCACAGAGUUCUGCAGUGUCUGUCGCGUAGCGCUGCAGGCGAGAUCACACUGCAGUAUCUCGGCACGUCGUUUAAGGUGCGUGUGUUGAGUAAGCUGGCAGCAUCCCUCAGUAAGCACAUGCCUGAGAAGGUUCCAGAAGACUCCAGCAGCAUCCUGAGAUCUCCGAUGCCCGGAACCGUAGUUGCUGUUUCUGUCAAAGCCGGAGACACGGUCGCAGAGGGUCAGGAGAUCUGUGUGAUUGAAGCGAUGAAGAUGCAGAACAGCAUGACCGCUGCCAAAACUGCCAAGGUUAAGAGUGUACACUGUAAAGCUGGGGAGACGGUUGGUGAAGGAGAUCUGCUGGUGGAGCUGGAGUAAACACACACCUGCACUCUGCGUCUGAUCCGAUAUUCACUCUGUGGACACACAGACUAAGACACUAUUAACCUGGAGCGAACAUCCUCAUAUCUGUAGUAUUUGUCUCCUCUUUGUUUGUUUUUUCUGGUGAUUGUUUUAGCAUAUAUGUGGGAUUUCCUGGUCUGAUUUCAGCAAAGUAAAUUCAAAACCAUGACCACUCCUGUGUCAUUCGCAUCACAGCGUUUCAUCACCGACGAUUCAGUACUGCAUCACAGUAGAUUUCUUCAUAAGAUGGUGCUUCAUGCUCCUAAAGGCCUGGAUUUGUAGGCGGUGGCUUUGUUUAUGUAGCAACACUGUCAUAUUGUUAAAGAAUUGAAGAAGGGGCUUGUGAGGAUGUCACCUGAGCGAGAAGGAAUUAGCUCCGCCCAUUCUGACCCUGAACGUCUGUCAGUCAGCAAACCCAGGACAUGCACUCGCUCUGUGUGUGUUAGUUACAAUCACAAUUAAAUGAAUCGUAGCAUCAUUUUACUUUCCAGUUUAAUUAUUUUGAGGUAUUCUUACCAUUUUGUUUUUGGGCGAUUAAGGUUAGGUUUAUAUUGGGAUGACCUAGACUUCUGAAAGGACCAGAAACUCCAAACCCCAACCUACAGUGUGUGUUUUCAUGAUUAAAUCAAGGCAAAGAAAGAAUUUCAGAAAUACGCCGGAUCAAAGAGAACACUCAUCAGAUAUACACAACUCACCAUGGAGCCAUGUUCUAAAUGUAAAUGUUUAUAAAACGUAAUUUUUCUUAUAAUAAAAGCAGGUCUCAUGGUGUAAA